GCAAUGGAAUUUCUACUAACCAUUGUUAUUACCUUCUUAUUGUUCUUGCUGUAUCAUUGGCUUGUUAAAAGUCACAAGCCAAAAACCAAUCACAAAUUGCCCCCAGGCCCAAGGAAAUUUCCUUUCAUAGGGAACUUGCAUCAAUUAGCACUAGCAGGUUCACUUCCACAUCAUUUUCUCCGAGAACUCGCCUAUAAAUAUGGACCUCUCAUGCACCUACAGCUUGGUGAAAUUUCUAUGGUGGUUGUAUCCUCACCAAGGUUGGCCAAGGAGAUAACAAAAACCCAUGAUCUUGCUUUUGCGCAAAGGCCACAACUUCUUUCUCCUCAAAUUUUGGCCUAUGGGUCAACAGAUAUUGCUUUUGCUCCAUAUGGUGACUACUGGAGACAAAUGAAGAAAAUAUGUGUGUUAGAGCUUCUAAGUCUCAAGAGGGUUCAAUCUUUCUCUUAUAUUAGAGAAGAUGAGACAAGAAAAUUCAUAGAAUCAAUUAAGUCAUCAGCAGGCUCAGUAAUCAACCUUACCAGCAGAAUUUUCUCUUUGUUAGGUACUUCUGUUUCCAGGGCAGCAUUUGGUAACAAAUCUGAGGACCAAGAUGAAUUUGUAUCUUUGGUCAGAAAAUCAAUAGCAAUGACAGGAGGAUUUGAACUGGCUGAUUUGUUUCCUUCAAUAAAACCUAUUCAUAUACUAACUGGAGUGAAACCCAAAUUCGAGAAAAUUCACGAGCGGGCAGAUAAAAUCUUAGAAAAGAUUGUCAGACAGCACAAAGAAAAGCAUGCAACAGCAAGAGAAGCCAACACUGAAGUAGAGCAAGAAGAUCUUGUAGAUGUUCUUCUGAGAAUCCAACAAAGUGGCAGCCUUGACAUCCAAAUAACAACCGAUAACAUCAAAGCUGUCAUUUGGGACGUAUUUGCUGCUGGAACUGAUACCUCAUCAACGACAAUAGAGUGGGCUAUGUCAGAAAUGAUGAAAAACCCAAGAGUGAGGGAGAAAGCACAAGCUGAAUUAAGAAAAGCAUUCAAUGGAAAGGAAAUAAUCAGUGAAAGUGAUCUAGAAGAACUUAGUUACUUGAAGUGUGUGAUCAAAGAAACAUUGAGGUUGCACCCACCUUCUCCUUUGUUGAUCCCUAGAGAAAGCAAUCAAUUAACCAACAUUGACGGGUAUGACAUACCAGUAAAGACUGAAAUCAUGAUAAAUGCAUGGGCACUUGGAAGAGAUCCACAAUAUUGGAGUGAUGCUGAAAGGUUUGUCCCAGAGAGGUUUGAAGGUAGUUCAAUUGAUUUCAAAGGGAAUAACUUCGAGUUUAUACCUUUUGGGGCUGGAAGGAGAAUGUGCCCAGGCAUGACAUUUGGUUUAGCCAGCGUUGUGCUUCCACUGGCUCGAUUACUCUAUCACUUCAACUGGGAACUCCCAAAUAACAUGAAACCUGAUGAUUUGGAUAUGACUGAACACUUUGGAAUGGCCGUUGGAAGGGAAACUGAGUUGUGUUUGAUUCCCACUGUUUAUGAUCUCUCACUUCAUGAUGCUAUUAUAUAA